AGAGAGGGAGAGAGAGAGAGGGAGAGAGGAGGGAGAGAGCGGCACUUAUUACAACACGAGUCUCCUCCUCGCCUCUACACCUCAGCUGACAAGUGGAGCAAGCUCGCAACUUCACCGCCGUCUGUCACACAACUGAACAGAGGAAGAAACUUACAGAGCGCCGCCAAAGAGUUCCCAGAAGCGACCGUAGUCUGCAACCACGCGGACCCCGCCGGGCUAUGGACAGGAGGAUGAACUUGAACAGCAGCGCUGGGGACAUUUUUCACAAAACUCUGAGCGCUGUGUCCACGAAAAAGAUGGACCCGUUCAGAUCGGCCGGCAUCGAACUGCCGGCCAGAGAACGCCAGUCGCCGAUCAGCUGCUUUGACCAGCCCGACCCCGACCAGAUCCAGCCGGGAGGACUGGCGGGGGGUCGAGGGGGGCCGCUGGGUCUGCCGACCGGAUCUUUGUGUGUGAAGUACGGGGAGGGCGCCAGCAGGACCUCGGCGGCGGAGAGCAGCGGCGGAGAGCAGAGCCCCGACGAUGACAGUGACGACAGGUGUGACAUGGUCCUCCUGACCGACGGGCGGACGGUGAGCGCGGGGAAAGGUGAAGGAGGUAAGAAAACCAAAGAGCAGAAAUUACUGAGGCUAAACAUCAAUGCCAGAGAAAGACGACGGAUGCACGACCUGAACGACGCGCUGGACGAGCUCAGGGCGGUCAUCCCUUACGCGCACAGCCCGUCCGUGCGGAAACUCUCCAAAAUCGCCACUUUGCUGCUCGCCAAAAACUUCAUCCUCAUGCAGGCGCAGGCUCUGGAGGAGAUGAGGAGGCUAGUGGCGUAUCUCAACCAGGGCCAGGCCAUCUCUGCAGCCUCGAUACCCGCCACCACGGCCCUGGCGGCCCCCGGCCUGGGCGCCUACGAGCAGCCGCCCGGUUACCCCUUCCCCACCGGAGUGGCCGCGUCCUCCUGCCCCGAUAAGUGCGCCCUGUUCAACAACGGCAGCUCCAGCCUCUGCAAACAGUGCACUGACAAGCCUUAACUCCGCCUGGCAGAGACUCCGAGAAGCACACGAGAGAACAUUUUUAAAGGACACUUUUGGGA